GUUCUGACAGAGAUCUUCAGCCGCUUCGGCCCCGUCCUGGCAGUGGAGCUGAAGGAGAGACCAGGAGCGUCUGAAUCACAGAAACACAGCGCCGUGUCCAAGUACUUCACAGACAAACACAGACAGUGUUUCAGGGUGGCCUACAUCGUCUUCAAACACGCUUCCGGUGUGAACGCAGCCAAACGUCACCCAGAGAACGACCCGCUCAUCGUCUCUACAGCCGAGAGACGCGUCAGGACCGGCAUCCACAAGUGGAUCCAGCAGUACUCAGACUCACUGAUCAAAGCUUCAUCACUACAGCAGGACAUCGAUCAGUUCAUGAAUGACUACGACACACAGAAGGAGGAGGUGAGACUCCCACACACAUACUCUCUCACACACACACAUACUCACACACACACACUCUC